AUGAAUGAAGCACUUGGUGAAUUAUUGAAUUUAUUCGAUGAUGAGGAACAAAUUGAAGAACAAAGUUUAUUAAAUAUCAAUGAUGAAAAUGAUAGAGAGAUUGAGAAGAUCAGUGCCAAACAAGAAAAGGAAGAAGCGGCUAAUUUAACUGUGCCAAAUGCAAUUAACGCGGAUAAAAAACCAAUUCGAUCUCUCAUCCCAAUAGAUUUUGGAUAUUCUAAAGAUAAUACUAAUAGCUAUGACCAGAAGAAGAAAACUGAUAAUAGAAGCAGUUUGUUACAUUGUGAUGGUACAAGCUCGAGUGAAGACGAACGAAGUAGAAAUGAUAACGUAAUCUAUCUCAGCGAGGCUGGUCGAAACAUCAAACGGCAGUUGAAAGAAGCGAAACGAAGUCAGUCAAAUUCUGCAUAUCAAGUGGAAUCUACGACAAGACAAAAACUUAGUGUUCAAGAAAAUCGUCAUGCACUUCAAGGAAAAGCUCAGCAAAUAACAAGAGCUGUCGAGUCAUCAUCGAAAGAUGCGUUGAAAGUUUAUGAUCAAUUUUUUGGUAUUCGCAUCAGGAACCCAAUUCUUUCAUCAGCAGCUUUUGAAUCAUACUGCGAAGGUUUGAAGAAAAUCCGCUUAAGCCAGCUGAAAUCCAGCUCUGUACGAAUUUUAUCUCAGUUGACUUUUUUUAAAUCUCUUCAUUGCUAG